AUGGGGAUAGUGUGUGGUGUUGAUCGACAAGAUCUGAAAGCUGGAGAUCACAUUUUUUCUUACCGAGCCUGUUACACUUAUGCUCAUCACGGAAUUUAUGAUGAAGAGAAUAAUAUGGUUAUCCACUACACCAGAACACAGCCGGAAUCUCUCUCUCACUCGCCGACGGAACCCGCCAGUGGAGGGUGUGACAUCUGCAAUUACCAACCAAAAUCUGAGAGAGGUGUCGUGACUUCUUGCUUGGAUUGCUUCCUAAAUGGCAGCAGUAGUAGUCUCAACCGGUUUGGUUAUGGCAUUUUGCCACUUCAGUUCUUGGUGAGAAGGAUUGGAACGUGCAGCCUUGACCAAAGCGACGCCCCGGAUGUGGUGGUCCGGCGAGCUCGCCAAAUGCUGAUCGGAGAUGAUGACUUCGGCGAAUACUAUCUUCUAGACAACAACUGUGAGUCAUUUGCUACUUACUGCAAGACAUGA